CGGUCAACAAUAUCGUUAUCAUUGUUUGUUAAUAUCUUAAUUGUUAUUUGUUAGCAUUGUGUAUAAACUGUUAAACUCAAAUUACUAUCUAGUAUAAAUACUUAAAAAUUCUUGAACCUAAAUUGAAAACAAAAAUAUCCACGAUUGUGUUUUUAAUUUUUUAAAUAGUGUGUUUUUCCUCACGCUGUUUUAUUGUAGUUGAAUAACAAUGAACUCAUUAGUAGCUGAUUAUGGAGAUGAAACAGAUACUGAUUCAAUUGAUAGUGAUGUAAAUCAAGAUGAAAUUACUAAGAACAUAAAGUAAUUUUGAUCUACUAUACAUUUUAUAAUGAAUAUAAACCAAAAACAAAAUACUAAAAUAAUUUUUGUUUUAUUAUAAUAUUUACUACUUCUACAAUUACAGUUUCCAAAACUCAAAACAAUAUGUUAUUUAUGUCUUAACAUGUUUAGAAACUUAAUAAUUAUUUACUACCUAUUAUUUUUAAUUAACCAAUACUUUUUUUUUUCAAUUAAGACACUCGUAGCUCAAUAGCUAUCUAAGUCUACUGAUGUGUACAUUUAAAUAUAUUUUGUAUGUUUUAUUCUAUUUUAUUUAAAUAAUUUUUAUUGUAGAAAAACUGAUCAAAUUAAGCCUGAAAAUAAGCUUCCUGCGCCAAGAUUUAAAGAAACUGGUAUCAUAAAUGAAUCUGUCUUUAGAAAUCCUUACUUGGAAGCCGAACGAGCUAAAAGUGCAGUAUUAGAAAAACACGUCAAAAUGGUACCUGCUAAAGAUUGUCUCACUAAAGUUAAUGGAAAAAAUAUAUGUUGGAUGAAUAGAAAAGGUCGUUGUCGCUUUGGUAAUAAAUGCAAAUUUGCCCAUGAUUCAGAAUUAUUUAAUGGCCCUAAUACGGCAAAUGAAGACAAAAUAAAUAAAGGCAAUUUUAGUUUAAAUAAGAAAAAAAAAAGACCUGGGUUAUCACAAAAUUUAAUACCAGGAAAAAAAGUACAUAAAUUAUUAAAAAAAAACAGAAAUGACUAACUUGAAAUUAUAAAUUGUUGGUAUGUUAUAAUUUGUUUGAUAAAUUAUGAUCAUCAAAUUUGAAUUGUUACUCAAUGUGAAAUUGAUCAAAUUUAUUUAGCCUUAAGUAAAAUAAAAAGAUUUUAGAAUACUAUUAAAUUAUCUAGUCAUUAUAUAUAUUUCUUCAGUAGUAUACAUUAUUUAUUUAUAUUUGCCGAUAUCUGUGAUGUUUUGGUUUUGUUUAUUUAUACUAUUUUGGUAGCAAUGUUCAGAAUUAAAUUUUUUGCAUUUCUAAACACAUUGAUUUUUAUAUUGUGCUAAAAAUCAGUUAACCAGUUAAUCAGUUAAAUAAGUGACUAAUUUGUAUGGAACAGGGAGUUAAACUAAAAAUUAUAACAAUAUAUACAAAAAUAAAAUUGGAUUCAAUGUUAUUUUAAGUGGAUGGCCUUCUAUGUUUUUUUACUUGCAAUUUUUAUAUUAGAACUAUUAUGAUUGUAUUAUAUAACUUGAAUUUUUUUUACAUUGGAAAUGUGCUAGUUUAAAUAACAAACAAAUCUUAUUUAUUAUAUAUUUAUGUGUAUGAUUUAUGAAUUUGUUUUCAAGCUGCUCUACAAGAGUAAUAUAGGGUCUUUGCAGAUACAAUAUCUUAAUUAAUGCUUAUUCAUUUUGGUUUUUAUUAACCACUUAUUUGAUUUAUAAAUAAGAAUCUUUGAUAAAGUUUGGUUACUUAGCAGAUCUUGUUUCC